UAGAGAAAUUUAUGGAGUUAUAGAAAGCUAAGCUAGUGUCUGUUUUUCAUGUGCACGAGUAUCAUUCCAACAUCCUCCCCCAGCGGCCGAGGAGCUUUUUCUUUCGUCGAUACUGCGGUCUGUGUCAACUAUGUGGCGCAAGGCUGGAUAGGCAUGGAACCAAAUAGCAUUUGUAAGGGCUCAGGUCACCGACGGAGUUGGCUAGUGUUCGAGUUUUCGGUAUGUGGGUUGAAGUAGGAGGCAAAAGCACAUGCUAUUGUUCAUGGCUAGACG